CAUCAACCAUCAACCAUCAACCAUCAACCAUCAACCAUCAACCAUCAACCAUCAACCAUCAACCAUCAACCAUCAACCAUCAACCAUCAACCACCAACCAUCAACCGUCAACCAUCAACCCUGUCCUUGUCGGCUUCCAAAAUCUGCAUCAUGGCCUCCUUACCGUCCGCACCGUCCCCGAGCUCUGGCUUCAGCCUCAACGGCGCCUUGCAAAAGUCUUCGGAUUUCCUCGUCUCCAAAGGCCUGCCUCCGCUUGGUAGACUUGGCACAUCUCCGUACCCCCCGGCGGCAACGUUUUUCCUGGGUCUGGCUGGCGCCCUGAAUUGCUUGCGCAAUCCCGUUGGUUGGCCCGGCUAUGUCCCUCUUGUUGCCACUUCUGCCAUCUUUGGUGCCAGCUCACUGAUCCUUCUGGAGGACUCGGAUCAUGGGUCGUCAAUUGUUACAGCCUGGUCGGUUGCCUACGCCGCCGCCUUCCUGCCCAAAGCGAUCCAGUCCAGGCGACCUGGCCCCAUUGGCUUUGCAGCCUUCAUCAUUGCCAACGCCGUACCCUAUGCCAGCGAAGCGUAUGAUGCAUUCCUCGCUUAGAUACAAAUCAACUGUCUGUGGCCUGCAAGCACUCUAUUGCGGCACUGUCCCGCCACAACAAAAUCUCUUGGUCUAAAAAACCGCACGGCAUUCUGGAGCAGCAGUGCACCCAAAGCGAAGGGGGCAUUGUUUUGCGCCAGGGCUGCCACCCUUUCUGGAUCCUGAAUACACACCAAUCCAUCGUCCGCCAUGACCAAUUAUGCUCGCGGUGCCUGGAAGCCAAACGACUCGGGAAGGUCGAGUGUCUUGAUGCCAAGGUGGUCGAAUGAAUGCACCACAUCCCACAUCACGGCAUCAGUGCCAGUCGAUCGGCGCCACAGGAGAUCGCGGCAAUAUCAUGACCCCCCUGCCAGGUCAAAAGAUCCC